AUGAGCUUAGAAAGUGAUGACAAGAGAGCCCGCACACGGUCCAAAGCCCUCCGCGGACCCCCAGAAACCACAGGAGCAGACCUCAGUUGUCCCACCCCAGGAUGCACAGGCUCAGGACAUGUCCGGGGCAAAUACUCCAGGCACCGAAGUUUACAGAGCUGCCCUCUGGCCAAGAAGAGGAAGAUGGAGGGUUCUGAGGCUGAGCACCUGCUGUCCAAGAGGAAGUCGCACCCCCUGAAGUUGGCUCUGGAUGAGGGCUAUGGUGUGGACAGUGAUGGCAGUGAGGAUGGUGAGGUGAAGGAUGCCUCUGUUUCGGAUGAAUCGGAAGGAACUCUGGAUGAGGCCGAGGCUGAGAUGUCAGGACAGGAGGAGAUUCAUCGCCCGGAGCCAGCUGAAGGAAGGAGCCCCAUUAAGUCUCACUUUGGAUCCAACCCCAUCAGCAACCCCUCAUCCAAGGGCAGCUACAGCAACUACCAGGGAAUUAUUGCAACUUCUCUCUUAAACUUGGGCCAAAUUGCUGAAGAGACCUUGGUUGGGGAGGACUCGGGCCAGGUAGCCAAGCUGGGCCCCAGCAUUGUGCACCUGCUUCAGGAGGAGACAGCAGAGGGGGCCACCAGUGAUGAGGGUGAGAAGGACCUUUUUAUCCAGCCAGAGGAUGCAGAAGAGGUCAUUGAGGUCACCAGUGAACAUUCCCAGGAGCAAUGUUCCCAGUCCAUGGAGGAUGUGGCCAGGGAGGGCUCCAGCAGGCAUAAAGGUGUCCUGGGUCAUGAGGAGGAGGAGGAAGAGGAAGAGGAAGAAGAAGAGGAAGAAGAAGAAGAUGAGGAAGAGGAGGUAGAGGAAGAGGAGGAAGAGGAAGAGGAAGAAGAAGAGGAAGAGGAGGAAGAAGAGGAGGAGGGGGAGGAGGAGGCAGCUCCCAAUGUUCUCUUUGAAGAGGAUGCCUCCCACACUUCUGUCCAGAAGGCCCCUGAGCCGGGACACCCAGAAUUAUCCAGUCCCAAGCCUGAGUAUUCUGUCAUUGUGGAAGUCCGUUCUGAUGAUGACAAGGAUGAGGACAUGCGCUCCCAGAAGUCAACAGUUACAGAUGAAUCGGAAAUGUAUGACAUGAUGACCCGAGGGAACCUGGGCCUCCUAGAGCAGGCCAUUGCCCUGAAGGCUGAGCAGGUUCGCACUGUCUGUGAACCAGGCUGCCCACCUGCCGAGCAGGGCCAGCCAGGCCCAGGUGAGCCAGGGAAGGUGGCAAAGCCCCUGGACACAACGCGGAAAAGCUGCUACAGCAAAGAUCCUUCCAGAGCUGAGAAGCGUGAGAUCAAGUGUCCGACCCCUGGCUGUGAUGGCACUGGCCACGUGACUGGGUUGUACCCUCACCACCGCAGCCUGUCUGGCUGUCCCCACAAGGACAGGAUUCCUCCAGAGAUCUUGGCCAUGCAUGAGAAUGUGCUGAAGUGCCCCACUCCUGGCUGCACAGGUCAGGGCCAUGUGAACAGCAACCGUAACACACAUAGAAGUUUGUCUGGAUGUCCCAUUGCUGCCGCUGAAAAAUUAGCCAAAUCUCAUGAGAAACAGCAGCCACAGACGGGAGAUCCUUCCAAGAAUAGCUCCAAUUCAGAUCGGAUCCUCAGGCCCAUGUGCUUCGUGAAGCAGCUUGAGGUCCCUCCUUAUGGGAACUACCGGCCCAGUGUGGCUCCUGCCACACCCAGGGCCAACUUGGCCAAGGAACUAGAGAAAUUCUCCAAGGUUACCUUCGACUACGCAAGUUUUGAUGCUCAGGUUUUUGGCAAACGUAUGCUUGCCCCAAAGAUUCAGACCAGCGAAACCUCACCCAAAGCCUUCCAAUGCUUCGACUAUUCACAUGAUGCCGAGGCUGCACAUAUGGCUGCCACCGCCAUCCUGAACCUCUCAACCCGCUGCUGGGAGAUGCCCGAGAACCUCAGCACAAAGCCACAGGACCUCCCCAGCAAGUCUGUGGACAUCGCGGUAGAUGAAAAUGGAACCCUGGAUUUGAGCAUGCACAAACACCGCAAACGGGAAAAUGCCCUCCCCAGCAGCAGCAGCUGCAGCAGCAGUCCUGGGGUCAAGUCUCCUGAUGUCUCCCAGCGCCAGAGCAGCACUAGUGCCCCUAGCAGUUCCAUGACCUCACCCCAAUCCAGCCAGGCCUCCCGCCAGGAUGAGUGGGACCGACCCCUGGACUACACCAAACCCAGCCGCCUGCGGGAGGAGGAGCCUGAGGAGUCAGAGCCAGCAGCACAUUCUUUUGCUUCUUCUGAAGCAGAUGACCAGGAGGUGUCAGAAGAGAACUUUGAGGAGCGGAAGUACCCAGGGGAAGUCACCCUGACAAACUUUAAGCUGAAGUUUCUCUCCAAGGACAUAAAGAAGGAGCUGCUCACCUGUCCCACCCCCGGCUGUGACGGCAGUGGCCACAUCACCGGGAACUAUGCCUCCCACCGCAGCCUCUCUGGUUGCCCUCUUGCUGACAAGAGCCUCAGAAACCUCAUGGCUGCCCACUCUGCUGACCUCAAGUGCCCCACGCCUGGCUGCGAUGGCUCUGGCCACAUAACAGGGAACUAUGCUUCGCACCGGAGCUUGUCAGGCUGCCCACGUGCCAAGAAGAGUGGACUCAAGGUGGCUCCCACCAAGGAUGACAAGGAGGACCCUGAGCUGAUGAAGUGCCCGGUUCCAGGCUGUGUGGGGCUUGGUCAUAUCAGUGGCAAGUAUGCCUCACACAGAAGCGCAUCUGGCUGCCCUCUGGCUGCCCGGAGACAGAAAGAGGGCUCCCUCAAUGGUUCUUCCUUUUCCUGGAAGUCACUGAAGAGCGAGGGACCCACCUGUCCCACUCCAGGCUGUGACGGCUCUGGCCAUGCCAAUGGGAGCUUCCUUACUCACCGGAGUUUGUCUGGUUGUCCCAGAGCAACUUUUGCUGGAAAGAAGGGAAAACUCUCAGGGGAUGAGAUUCUUAGCCCGAAGUUCAAGACCAGCGAUGUGUUGGAGAAUGAUGAGGAGAUCAAACAGCUGAACCAGGAGAUCCGAGACCUGAAUGAAUCCAACUCAGAGAUGGAAGCCGCCAUGGUGCAGCUGCAGUCCCAGAUCUCCUCCAUGGAGAAAAACCUGAAGAACAUCGAGGAGGAGAACAAGCUCAUCGAGGAACAGAAUGAAGCCUUGUUUCUGGAGCUGUCUGGGCUGAGCCAGGCCCUCAUCCAAAGUCUCGCCAAUAUUCGCCUUCCACACAUGGAGCCAAUUUGUGAACAGAAUUUUGACGCCUAUGUGAGCACCCUCACCGACAUGUACUCCAACCGGGACUGCUACCAGAACCCUGAGAACAAGGGCCUCCUGGAGACCAUAAAGCAGGCUGUGAGGGGCAUCCAGGUCUAG